CCUUUUCCAUCUUUCCUUUCUGUUAAUUCUUCUUCUUUUCCAAACAAAGAAACAAAAUCUCUCUCUCUCUCUUUUUGUCGGGUUAUUGAGAGAGAGAGAUCAUCAUCAUCAUUCAUCACCAAGCAAUAUGGCUUCGUCACAAUCUGAUGAUUAUACUCAUGAUCAUCACCAACCCAAGAAAGAACCAGGUCAAUCCUCCUCCGACGGCAGUGACUCUCCGCCGCCUGGUGGUCCAUCUCGAGCAACGGGUUAUCCUCCACCAAUGGGGUAUGCACCUCCUAUGAUGUAUCCACCACCAGGGCAAUAUCCAUACCCUCCUCCAGCUGGGCAACCAGUAGGGUACCCUAACUACAACAAUGGAUACAACAACAACUACCCUUAUGCACAAGCACCACCAACCGCCUAUUACAACACUCAAAUGUAUCAAACACAACCAGAAUGUCGGAUCAAUGGUUUUCUACGUGGAAUUAUUGGAGGGUUAGUUUUCUUGCUUAUCCUUACAUGUGCAAUCAGCAUAUUCAUGUGGAUAAUCUUGCGUCCUGUAAUUCCUGUUUUCCAUGUUAACAACUUAUCUGUCUCAAACUUUAACCUAUCAUCAAGCCCUACUUUUCACGCUAACUGGGAUGCUAACAUAACAGUUGGGAACCCUAAUACGAAACUUAAAGUAUAUUUUGAUCAGAUAGAGGUAUUCAUAUACUAUAACGAAGAUGAUCUUCUUGCAACAUCUUUCUCCAAUCCAUUUUUCUUGGAGACGGGGGGAAAUAGUGUAGUGCAGGCGAAAUUAGAGGCGAAUAAUGCUGAUCGGAAACAGGCAGGUGUAGGGAGUUGGGUGGUGGAUAAGAUGGCUAAAGAUAAAAGCACUACAGGAAAUGUAACAUUUGAUAUAAGGAUGGCUCUUUGGAGUACGUUUAAAUCAGGAUCAUGGUGGGCAAGGCAUGUUACUAUAAGAGUUUAUUGUGAAGACUUGGUGGUUUCUUUUAUGGGUAAUUCAGGUACUGCAAAUUUUGCCAAUGGCAAGUCUAAAGAUUGCUUAGUUUUUGCUUAGUAUAAUUACCUUUUAAUUCAUCAGGCUGAUUUAUUUUAGUAGAGCAUCCAUAAAACUUUUUUCUUUUAAUCUUUUUCUUGUGAUGUUAUAGUGUGGGGAGUCCUUAAUGAACCCCCUAAUGAAAAAACAUUUGAGGUCCAUGUGUCAUGCCAAGAUAGGAACCUUUUUUGCCCAGUGAACCCUUUUCUUUUUAGUAAAUGUUAUUUGUAAUGGAUUGUAUUCUUAAUGGUUAUCACUAAAGUUUGCAUAUAGUAUUUAUAUUAAUUUAUUUUUUUCGAAGUGCAAAAUACUUAAAAAUAAAAGUAAAAGUAGUUUAUUUAUAUAUAUACACAAUAUAUCUUGAUAAUGUGUUUUUACACAUUAGACUUUCUCAAGCACCUCGGUAUUAGAAUCAUGCCUUUUUUUUUUUUUUUCUUUCUAGCUCGAGUCUAAACUUAAAAAGACCUGAGUAAUGUCUCGAGGGAUCUAAAGAUAUGAUUUUUCUAAGGCUCGGCUCGAAAAUAAUUAAUAAGCUGCUUAUGAAAAUUAUGAAGUAAUUUUUAUUUGGUGAGAGGAGGUUUAAAAAUUGCAUCAAACUAAACAUGGGCUUAGGCCCAAAUUUCUCAACCGAUAUCAAUCUCGUAUUUUGCACAAGUUUACCAUCAGAGAAUUUCAUGGCGUAAAAUGGGCUUCCGCCAGACUAGCUAA